CAAUUUAUUUCCUAUUGCACAUCUGGAAAAUGCCUCACAAGCUCCACGUAUUUGCCCCACAGCUGUCCCUGCCCAAGCUGCCAGUCCCGGAGCUCCAAGAGACCAUGGACAAGUAUCUGACACUCAUCAAGACGGUUGUCUCCCCACAAGAGUACGCCCGCACCAAAUCACUGGUGGCAGAGCAACAGUCCAUGGACAACUGGGCCAACGACUGGUGGCUCCAUGACAUGUACCUGAAUGUCCGACUUCCUCUGGUCAUCAACUCCAACCCAGCUGCAGUGUUCCCGUGCCAGAACUUUCCGUCCAGGCGCCAUCAGAUCAGAUUCGCAGCCAAGUUCCUGUGUGGGAUGCUGGACUUCAAGUUUCUCCUUGACAGCCGCACCCUACCUGUGGAGAGGUGCAAGCACAAGGAGAAAGGUCAGCCCCUGUGCAUGGAGCAACACUACAGGUUGUUCUCCAGCUACAGGGAACCGGCCAGAGGAUCGGACAUCCAGCGGACCGACCUGGGAACACUGGGGACUGAUUACAUCGUUGUUGCCUGCAAUAACCAGUUCUACAAAGUCGAUGUCCAGAAGGCGGGAGAGUACAUCUCUGAAGCCGACCUCAGUGUACAAAUCUCUCGCGUUCUUGUCAUGGCGGAAGAGAGGGAAAAGGCGCCGGAAGUUGGCAUACUGACGUCGCAGUCACGUGAUGUGUGGGCGGACACCAGAGAACGCUUGAUGCAAGGUCACGCAUUAAUUAGCGUACAGGCAGAUAUUCACAGAAACAGACAUGUAAACACAAAUCUGCACAUUCUAGAGAACUGCCUGUUUCUUCUCUGCUUGGACAAACCCACGGUCCCUUCACGCCAGGGUUUCCACGGAGGGCUGACCAACGAUAUGACCGCCCGAACGCACCACCUCAUUCACGGUCAAGGUGCCAUGAAUAACUCCUGCAACAGGUGGAUGGACAAGACGAUACAGGUAAUCAUCUCAGAAGAUGGGACGUUCGGCCUCAACAUGGAACACUCGGUGGCUGAGGGCAUCGCUCUGGGUCACAUGAUCGAGUACGCACUGGGCAACAUGGGCAAGGACAAGGACACUGGCAUGACCCAUGAACCCGGAAGUCUUCCAUACCCAGCAUAUCUACGAUGGAAUCUCUCAUCUCAAUCUCUUGCAGACAUCAGGACAGCAAAAGAUGACGUGGACAGAAUGGUAGAGGAUUUCGACCUGACCGUGUUCAGGUUUGCAAUUUACGGCCGCGACUUUAUCAAGCAACUGGGGAUGAGUCCUGAUGCUUACAUACAGCUGGCACUGCAGCUGACCUACUACAAAAUCCAUGGAACCCUGACCUCAACUUACGAGAGUGCAUCUGUCAGACGUUUCCGACAAGGUCGUGUUGACGUCAUCAGAGCCAACUCGCCUGCGGCCUUGACCUGGGUUAGGGCCAUGCUGGGACAGACGGAAAGCACCGAAGAUGACAAAUAUCGUCUGCUGAUGGAGGCUGUCCAGUGGCAGCAAGAUUACACCCUAGAUACAGUUCUGGGACAUGGCAUCGACCUUCAUUUGCUGGGUCUGCGAGAAGCCGCGACGGAGCUGGGAAUUCCCACACCGGAACUGUUUACAGACCCGUCCUACAAGGAGCUGAACACGUUCCGACUGUCAACUAGCCAG